CAUCCACUGCGCAUGUCAGUAAUUCCGUCUGUGUUUUGAGUUUAUGUAUGUGUGUCUGCGUGUGUGUUCUUUCCCACACGAGUUUACUGCAAUUCCGAAUUCUCACAACCACCGCCAGAAUGGCAGCUGCACCCCCGAACCAAGACGACUCUAGCCGGGGUAGUAGCGGUAGCAGCACGCCCAGCGUCCUUGUCGGGGACGGGGACACGGAAGAGGCCGAGGAUUUCACCUCCUCCUCCCACUGCACAGAGCUGUCUCGGCGGCAGAACGAACAGAGGAAGCAGGGAUUGUUCUGCGACGUGACGCUGGCCUUCAGCAGUGGGGCGGCAACCGGGAAUGUUCAGAGCUGUGAGUUUUCCGCUCACCGUUCUGUACUGGCCGCGGCUACGGACUAUUUCACGCCGUUACUGGGAGGGCAGUUCUCCGAGUCGCUGUCGGGUCGGGUUGAGAUGAAGGAAUGGAGCGCUGAAUUGGGACCAGACCCGGAGACGGUGGAGAGUGUCAUUCAGUACAUGUACACGGGAGAAAUACGUGUGAGCACCUGCAAUGUACAUGAAGUGUUAGAGCUUGCUGACAGGUUCCUGCUGCUGCAUCUGAAGGAGUUCUGUGGGGAGUUCUUGAAGAAGAAGCUGAGCCUGGCCAACUGUGUGGCGGUGCACAGCCUGGCCCACAUGUACACCCUGGACCAGCUGGCUCUGCGGGCCGCAGACAUGAUCCGACGCAAUUUCCACAAGGUCAUCCAGGAUGAGGAGUUCUACACCCUGCCCUUCCACCUGGUGAGGGACUGGCUGUCUGACGCAGAGAUCACCGUGGACGKGGAYGAGGUGCUGUUUGAGGCUGUGGUGAAGUGGGUCCAGAGGAACACAGAACAGCGGGGGAGGUACUUUGAGGAGUUGUUCCGUCUCCUCCGGCUACCCCAGAUUAAGCCCACCUYUCUGACGCGCGUGGUGAAGAACGAGGCACUGGUGGCGGCCAYCSAGGCCUGUCUCCGCCUGGUGUCCGAUGCCGUGGAGGGCCACGCCAUCCGCUGUGAGAACCUCAAGUCAGCUGACCUGGAGUUCUGGUCGUCCUACAUGGCCUCCUUCCAGCCGCGCUUCGGCCAGAACAUGGACGUGAUCAUGGUGGUGGGCGGGGUGUCGGAGGGGGGUGACUACCUGAGUGAAUGUGUGGGUUACUUCAUCUACGAGGACCGCUGGGUUAACCUGCCCCACAUCCACAACCACCUGGAUGGCCACGCCAUCGCCACCACAGAGUCCCACAUCUACGUAGCGGGAUCCAUGGAACCGGGCUUCGCCAAGACCGUGGAGCGCUAUAACCCCAACCGCAACACCUGGGAACAGGUGAGCAACCUGACCACACGUAAACACUCCUUUGGUCUCACCUGUAUCAAAGACAUCCUGUAUAGCAUCGGUGGCCACGGCAACUUCAGCCCCGGCUUCAAGGACGUGAGCGUGUACGAGCCUGAGCCGGACAAGUGGCACAACCUGGAGUCGGCGCCCAAGAUCCUGCGGGACGUGAAGGCGGUGAGCGUGGAGGACCGCUACGUAUACGUGACGGCGCGCACGCCGGUGGACACGGACAACGAGGACGGGCUGAAGACGGUCACCACGCGUUACGACACAGAGAGCCGCCAGUGGCAGGACGUGGACUCCCUGCCGCUCAUAGACAACUACUGUGUGUUCCAGAUGGCCGUYGCCRCCACCAACUUCUACCACACYGCCUCCUGCUGCCCUAAGAGCUACACGGUGCGGGACGAGGCCGCCAAGCAGAWGAUCAGCGCCCACAUCUCAGACGAGAUCCUGGAGAGCUUGCCGCCCGAGGUCACCAGCYUCGAGGGCGCCGCCAUCUGCCACUUCGACGAGGACGUCUUUGUGAUCGGCGGCUGGAAGAACAGCGACGACGUGGACAAGCAGUACCGCAAAGAGGCCUACCGCUACUCUGCCGAAAGGAAGCGCUGGAUGRUGCUGCCGCCCAUGCCCCAGCCYCGCUGCCGCGCCACCGCCUGCCACGUYCGKAUCCCCUACCGCUUCCUGUACGGCUGCCAGCGCUACCCCAUGCCCCAGAACCUGGCCCGCCAGCGGGACCGCAUGCAGCAGAUGCAGCAGCUACACCGGCGCACCCUCACCCUGCGCAGGCAGCUACAGUCUCAGAUCGAGUGCUGAGCUAUCGCAACCCCUGUCUGUCCAUCACAUCCGCCCCAGAGGGGGAGCAGCUCCAGCUCCAGUCCAGCUCCAAGCCCCAAACAUCCCCUGGCAGCCAUCGUCAUCAACCCCCACCCAUAACCUGCUGGAGCAGUGGCUCCUGUGUUGCUCUCAUGCUGGUUCUUUGUCAAGAGAACUCUGUGCCAGAUCAUCAGGUUGAGAUAUUGGUGUUAGUAGUGACUGUGGUGUUCAAGGCUGGGAGGUGUGGGAGUGAUGUGACUCUGACCAGGUGUUUGUCUAUGUGGGGAGGACAGGCUGAAUGUUACAAAUGUGAAUAGAGUGUUGUACAGUGACCAACAUCGGACUACACUACGUAUGUACGUCAGGCACAGGUGAUGUUUGUCUUUUUAUACAUGCAUAUAGUAUAUAGUUGUAUAUGUAUACUUUUAUUAUAUAUAAAUAUUUUGUGUCCCCCUUUUUAUGCUUAUAUGAUGUAGGCAAUGUGACACUUAAGUACGGCAGAAUCUACAUUCCUCCAAUCCAAUGUGCUUCGUGAAGUCAGUCGCUCUCCAUGACAUUCCAUCAGGACACGUGACAGUCUCUCCAUGCAAAUAUCACAGACACACACACUUACAUACACACACUUUGUCCAGCUGUAGGGUCGGGACAAUACCAGUAUCGCGAUACUCGUUAAGUGUCGUGGCAAGUGAACGUAACACGGAGCAGAUUUCACUUCUUCAGGAAAACAAACAUUUCAUGCUUUCAUCCGGAGUCACGUUUAUUUUUCCAGGCUAUAGCACACACUAUUUUACAUGCAGCAGUGUUUUCAUUUUUUCCAUGGAAAAAGUAUUACGAUCCUGGUGUCAUGCUGGCCCUACCAGUCAGUCGGACCAAACCCUUACCAAUGCCUGAUGGCUUUGCUGUGCUUUAUUUUAGCUUCAUCUGAAUGGCUCUGCUUCUUGUUAUUAUGGCUUUGAUACAGUAGCUCAACAUGAAUGAAAGGAGAAUAGUCUCAUUCAUAUUUAUUAUCAGAUCUACGGUCCAAGAGUGGACAACUUGCGACAGAGCCUGGACUCGAACCCAGAAUCUCUAGUGGCACGGCUAGCACUGCGAUGCAGUGCCUUAGACCACAGCACCACUCGGGAGGCCCCUUAAGGAAACAGUCUUAACAUGGUAACAUUCCAUUGAUCAUUUUGAAAUUCCAUCAACCAUUGAAUUAUUUUUCAGUCUUCUGCUCGUCACAUUCCUGUUGGUAGGAAACAUUGUGUAGAAGGACUUAGGUGGGAGUUUGUGAAUGUUUCUCUUCUUAUUUUGUCUGCAUUGGUUUUAUUGAGUUUAAUGGCUGGAGGGUGUAGUUCCAGUGGAGGACUUGAUAACGUGUGUGUCUUGAGUAGGGUAAGAAUGCUUGGCAAAGCUGGUGAAAAGCAUGCCUAGUAGUGCACUUGUCUACCGCUAAUCAGUUAGUAAUAUUUAUGUCCGAGUGGGUUUACCUGUCAUAUUUGGCCAAUUUUUCUUAUUUUUUCUUUUAAUCUAUAAUUUAAUCCAACUCCAGCCGAUAAUCUAUUCUGUUCCCAUGUGAGAAAAUAUGUACACUGCAGUGAUUUGCUUAGUAAUCGAAAAUGAAUGUGAAGUGUGAGGGAGCCCUGUUGCUGUACCUCAGGCUUAUUCAGGGGUUCAUCUGAGAGAUCCGGCCACAUUGUUACAUGUUCUCCUCACCCUCCAAAGACAGUCAGAUGUAUAGACCAGUGGUUCCCAACCAGGGGAACUAAGACCCCUGGGGGGUACUUGGCCUAUCCACAGUGGGUACUUGAAAAGACUGAGUCCAUAGGGUUAGUGGUAAAAUGUACAUGAGGGAGGGGUAUUCCGGGCAGAGCAAAAUUCAGUUGGUGGUACGGUAACCAAAAAAGGUUGUGAACCACUGGUAUAGACUAGAGGGUAUCCUUAUGUUACUGAGCGGAAUGACCAUAUCAAGGUGAAUGUGUUGCCAUUGAGUUCAAGAGUUCAUUGAUUGUUAUAAGCACUAUUUCUGAAGCUAAUUUAUAACAUAAAGCACUAUGAUUUUGAGAAUGCAAUGCAAGUGUAUUUCCUCAGUUUUGUUUCUCUUGCAUAGCAUUUGAAAUAAUAUUAUUGACAUAUGUCGGCAAUAUAUAUUUUGCUUUGCAUGUGGCAGUCUGGCAUUGUCAAUAUAUUGGAUGAAUUUUUUUUUUAUUGCUGAUGUCAUCAUUUGCAAUUAAAAUGUCUUUUUUUUUUAUAUAACCUUGGUUUCCCAUCUAUCUUGUGUGAGGGGUUAUCUAAAUUCUGAAUGUCAUUUUGACCAAUAUUAUUGGUCAGUUUUCAAGACUAGCUCUAUAAACAACUCUAUUUACAAAGCAUAGAGAAUGAUAGAGAAAGCAU